AUGAUGAAGUCCCUCCUUCCCUGCGCUCUCGCCGUGUUGUCCGCAGUGUGCGCCCAGGCAAACGAAUGGCACGCCUACUACCGCCUCACACCUGACGCUUACCAAAAGAAGUUCGACGAGAUGGUUGGCCAAGGCUACCGUCUGAACUCUGUGAGUGGGUAUGAACACGAUGGCCAGCCUAAUUUCGCUGUCAUUUUUGAGAAAAAGCCCUCCGCCCCCUGGCAGUCGUACUCUGGCCUCAGCUUCAAGGCACAUGACGAAAAAUUCAAUGAACUGCAAGCGCAAGGAUACCAUGUUGCGCAAGUCAAUGGAUACACGAUCGACGACAAGGACUACUAUGCCGCCGUUUGGGACAAGUCUCCCGUCAUUGCGUGGCAGUCUCGCACCGGUAUGUCUGAAUCCGGCAUGCAGGCAUACUUCAAUGAAUAUGCGCGCCAGGGCUAUAAGCUCACACAUUUGAGCGGGUAUGAGGUGGCCAACGAGACCCGCUUUGCCACAGUCUGGGAGAAGGCCAAUGAAAAAGCCGCCUGGUGGUCGCAGGCCAAUCUGACCAGCGAUGAGUAUCAAGCCACCUUCGACAAGCUCAAGAGUGAGGGCUACCAAGCGGUCGACAUCGACGGCUAUCAAGUUAAUGGUACUGUCUUCUAUGCUGGAAUCUGGGAAAAGACACCCUCUCGGGCUUCAAUUACCCGUUAUGACUUGGAUUCGUCAACCUUCCAGGCCGACUUCAAUCAAUACCGCGCCCAGGGCUAUGUGCUACGCACUUUUAGUGGCUAUAAUGUGGGCAAGGACGAUCGCUAUGCCGCCAUCUGGGUGAAGCCGUAA